UGACAGCAAAUUUGCUGUAUCAAGCCCUUUGGAUGGCUGGAAAGCAAUCUCCAGGUCUGGCCUUCAGCAUUUGGCUCCUGUUCAAAACCUCAAUGUUGCCAUCACCAACGGCCCAGUGAAGGAGCUGAGAAUGGCACUAGAAUGGAGUGGGUUUCAGCAAAAAUUCUCCUUUCACAGUAAAGAGAUUGUGGCGAUCAGCUGUUCCUGGUGCAAGCAGGCGUUUCACAAUAAAGUCACCUGCUUCAUGCUGCAGCACAUUGAAGAGCCAUGCUCCCUAGGGGCUCAUGCAGCUGUCAUUGUACCUCCUACCUGGAUCAUUAAGGUGAAGAAACCUCAGAUGGUCUCCACAUUAGGAGACGAACCUGAUUGGGCGGGAGACUGGAGCCCCGGAAGGAAAACGGGCGUCUCCUACCUGAAUUGGGAGGGUUGGCAGAAUUCGCUGAAAAAUUCGACCAGGCGGAAGAAGAGGACAUCUUUUAAAAGGAAAGCCAGCAAAAGGGGCAAUGAGGAAAACAAAGGCCGGCCUUUUGUGAUAAAACCCAUCUCUUCCCCUCUCAUGAAACCCUUGCUCGUAUUUGUGAAUCCAAAAAGUGGAGGGAAUCAGGGUACUAAGGUUCUCCAGAUGUUCAUGUGGUACUUGAAUCCACGUCAGGUCUUUGAUCUCUCUCAGGAAGGACCAAAAGAUGCGCUUGAAUUGUACAGAAAAAUGCCAAAUCUUCGAAUCCUGGCCUGCGGUGGGGAUGGAACCGUAGGCUGGAUCCUCUCCAUCCUGGAUGAAUUGCAGCUGAAUCCCCAACCUCCUGUCGCUGUGCUUCCACUUGGCACUGGGAAUGACCUUGCUCGCACCCUCAACUGGGGAGGGGGUUACACAGAUGAACCUGUUGCAAAAAUUCUCUGCCAUGUAGAAGAUGGAACAAUUGUCCAACUGGACCGCUGGAACCUCCAGGUGGAGAGAAAUCCUGAUUUGCCCCAAGAUGAACGAGAAGAUGGAGCACGGAAGCUUCCCCUCAGUGUUUUCAAUAAUUACUUCAGCCUGGGAUUUGAUGCUCAUGUUACACUGGAAUUCCAUGAAUCUAGAGAAGCAAAUCCUGAAAAAUUCAACAGCCGCUUUCGAAAUAAAAUGUUUUAUGCUGGGGCAGCCUUUUCAGACUUCCUCCAGAGAAGCUCCAGAGAUUUAUCUAAGCAUGUGAAAGUUGUGUGUGACGGCACAGACCUGACCCCAAAGAUUCAGGAGCUGAAAUUCCAAUGUAUAGUGUUUUUAAACAUACCUAGGUAUUGUGCUGGCACAAUGCCCUGGGGGAAUCCAGGAGACCACAGAGAAUUUGAACCUCAGCGGCAUGACGAUGGUUACAUUGAGGUCAUCGGGUUCACCAUGGCCUCCUUGGCUGCUCUUCAAGUGGGAGGUCAUGGAGAAAGAUUGCACCAGUGCCGGGAAGUGACGUUGUUGACAUACAAGUCCAUCCCCAUGCAAGUGGACGGGGAGCCAUGCCGGCUGGCUCCCUCACUCAUCCGAAUCUCCCUGAGAAAUCAGGCCAAUAUGGUGCAGAAGAGCAAGAGGAGGACAUCCAUGCCUUUGCUCAAUGAUCCCCAUGCGGUUCCGGAGCGCCUGCGGAUCAGAGUGAACAGAAUUAGUUUACAAGAUUACGAGGGACUGCAUUAUGACAAGGAAAAGCUCCGGGAAGCUUCUAUUCCUCUGGGAAUGAUAGUUGUCCGAGGAGACUGUGACUUGGAGACUUGUCGCAUGUAUGUGGAUCGUCUAGAGGAGGAUUUGCAAUCAGUAACUUCAGCUACACAGAGAGUCCACUACCAGGAUCAGGAAAGUUCUUUCCCAAGAGCAUUGUCUGUUCAGAGACUUUCCCCUAGAUGGUGCUUCCUAGAUGCAACUUCUGCCGAUCGCUUUUACUGUAUCGACAGAUCUCAGGAACAUUUGCACUUUGUGACAGAAAUCUCGCAGGACGAGAUUUUUAUCCUGGACCCGGAGCUUGUGGCAACACAGUCAGCAGGGACGCCUCCUGGGAUGCCUGAUCUGGUAGUGGAGCAGGCCUCUGGAAUAUCAGAUCGAUGGAAUCCUGCUGUUCGAAAGCGCAUGCUGAGUGACAGCAGCCUGGGAAAGGUGUCGCCUCACUACGAGGUACCUGAAAAGCAAAAGGAGGCCAUCCAGACGCACAUGCUGCAGUCUCCAGUUUCUUCAGAAGAUCAAGCACUUUUACAGUCAGUAAUAGCUGGUGAUUUUCUAAAAUUCAUAGACUGCUGCAAAAAAGGAGCUAAUCUGUUCAUCCAGGGACCUGACCACUGUUCCUUGCUUCAUCAUGCAGCCAAGACUGGCCAUGGUGAGAUUGUGAAGUACAUCCUAGACCACGGUCCUUCUGAGUUACUGGAUAUGACAGAUAGUGAAACGGGUGAGACGGCACUGCACAAGGCAGCCUGCCAGCGCCACCGUGGCAUCUGCCAGUUAUUGGUGGAGGCUGGAGCAUCAUUGAGGAAAAUGGACUCCAAGGGUACGACACCUCGAGAUAGGGCCCAGAAGGCUGGGGAUCCAGAUCUAGCUUCGUAUUUGGAGAGUCGCCAAAACUACCAAGCAGUUCCCCACGAGGACCUAGAGACUGCAGUGUGAUAUUUGUGGUGUGUGUGAGAACACCGUAGGAGAUCACGAGGCUGCACCUGAAGCACUCUCGGGUGUCGUGUGAGGAAGGAGCUAAUGGAAUCAAUGCAUCUCUCGCUCUCAUGCAAAAUACCUGAGAAGAUGCCACCCAUUUCUAAGGGCUACAGAGACUUGCCACGGAACUCUCAUGUUCCCAGAUGUUAGCCAGCGGAGUUAAAGGAGGAGACUCAAAGGUCUGUGGAAUCCAUGGGCCAAGGAAAUUUACUGUUACUGCUGUCACAAGUAGCAUGAACAUCUUCUGUGUUCCUCUGUAGAAUUUAUUUGGAAAGAAAGCAAGCAAGCAGGGGAAGAAACCAAGUAACAUGCAUAUUCAUAAUCUCACCAUUUUUACCUCCUCUGCCUUGCCAUGAACAUUUUUAAUUUCUUUAACAUUGACCCAACUUUUUUCAUUCUUUAUGCUUGUUUUCUGCAUUCCUUCCUCUUCAGUCUCCACCAUUGCACCUCAGUAAACUGGUGUCUGUCUGUGUACUAAAUCUUCAUGGCUGCUGAGGAGGAAGUUUACACUUUGAGGAGAUUCCUGGGUUUCCUUGGCAAGGCCAUACUUCUAAAAAUAAGUUCUCACCUCAUUGUUCAUCAUAGAUUGCAUUGCCAGAUAAACAUUUUAAACAUAUUUCUCCUCCCAUCUCAUAUAUGCAUCAGAGAUGUCUCAGAACCAAUCACAAAAUUUAUUAUGAAUUUGAGAGUACUAAGGCUACAGUGCAAUGGUGAAUCAGGAAGAAACAAGUCAGGUUGUAGUGAUAUACUGCACUUCUCUUGGAGAAUCUUACUGAAGUUCCUAUGGUAUCCUGCAGAUUCCCUAGAUAGGUUUCUCAGGAGGAACCUCUACAGAUUUGCUUCAGAGUUUGUUUUUUGGCAAAAUCUGAUCACAAUCUAUGGAUGUGUCAAAUUCCCCCAAGAAACUGUGUUCAUCAUAGUCACUUUGGUGGCUCAUAGUCACCAAAGCUCAUCAUAGUCACUCUAGUAAGGUAUCUUGUUUCCCUCUUUACUGACACCAGAAGACUGGCUAUGCUUUGUUCUGAAUCUUGUCUGGAAUUAGCCACAUUUGGGUACUUGAGAAAGAAAUUGUAGGCUGCCAGAAAUCAAAGCAAAAUAAAUAGCCCUGUUGUGUA